AAGUCAUAGCGAGGUGAAUAAUCUAUCUCAAGGUGAUAGACAAGAAGACACAGCGCUCCCAGAACGCGUGGAGACAUUGAAACACAAUGUGUGUCGGGAAAUAGAGCGUCCCAUAUCACCUAUCGAAGAGGUCUCCGUACCGAAAACGACAUCCCAAGAUCAAGGGAUAGAACGGCUUAUCGGAGCCUUUGAAAAAAUAGUUACAGACAAACCCCCUGUACGACAUGCUCAAGAUCUGACGCAGUUUAACGGAAAUGUCUGCGACUGGAUUUACUUUAAAGUUGCUUAUGAAGACUCCACGAAUCUCUACAAAUACUCUAAAGCAGAAAACAUGGCAAGAUUACGCACAUGUCUUACGGGAGCCGCUAAAGGAACAGUGGCCGCAUUAUUGAGUACUGCUUGCGAUCCCGAGCUUAUUAUGAAUGCACUAGAUCAGUGUUAUGGCCGACCGGAGAUUAUAAUUGAUAAAGCGCUGGAAGAAAUAAAUAGAUUACCCAGACCGGGAUAUACAGCUGUUGAAAUAAACCAGUGUGCAAUAAAAGUGCCAAACAUCGCAUGGCUAUUGAAAAGUGUAAACGAUCGUAGCUAUACGAGUAACGGAGCCUUAGUCCAAGAAAUAGUGUCUAAACGGAAGCUGCACUAUCAGACUAGAUGGACAGACUACGGUAAGGCUAAUAGUAAUGAGAAAGAACCAAUUCUCACUACGCUCUCAAAAUACCUCUUAGAAGAAACGAGCUUACAACUCACUUUCAACUAUAGCCAAAGAAUUAGCGCGGAUAAUUUGCGCUACAACAAUGUGGUUAAGUUACCACUCCAAGAAAUGAUCGGCGAAGUUAAACCACAAUUAUUAAUUGGAGCAGACAAUUGGCAUCUCAUCGUUUCAAGAAAAUUAUACUGUGGGAAGAAUAAUGAACCGUUUGUAUCUUUAACACGAUUAGGCUGGAUUUAUCAUGGAACAGCGCCUAAACGAAGUUUAAAGAAACACAAUGAACGUAUCUUGCACUGCAUGAAAAAGGCGGCAGAAAGCGACGUUUACAAAGAGCUAUUGUCUCAUGAGCAUUUAGAGGCAAUUUUAAAACAAAGUCUUGCAACAGAUGCCUUAGGUAUAAAUAAUAAAAAAUGGUUAACAAGCGCCGACGCACGUGCAGUUCAAUUGUUCAAUAGAACAAUAGAAAAACGAGAAUGGCGUUACUACCUGGGUUUGCCAUGGAAGACAGGGUGGGACGAAGAAAUUCCUACUGACCACGCUACUGUGUUUAAACAGUGGUUGUGUCAGUUAGAAAGUGUAAAAAUACUGAGGAUGCCUAGAUGGUAUAAUUACACGAGGGGAGCUGAGUUACAAUUGCAUGUGUUUUACGACGCAUCUGAACAAGCAAAGGCGAGAGUGGCAUAUUGGCGAAUUGGAACCGAUGUAAUUGACGUCAGACUCAUAGCGAAAGCAUGGGUGGCACCUAUUAAGCCACAGAAUAUACCGCGGCUAAAGCAGGCAGCCCUAAUCGGAGCGAGAUUAGCCGUGGCCAUUACAGAAGGCCACAGAAUUAAACCAAACAAGAUUGUUCUUUGGACGGAUUCAACGACGAUGUUACAGUGGAUCAGAAUUGUAACGAAAACGCAUAAAGGGCCUGAUGGAGAAACCCGAUCAGUAGAACUGGAAUUGAAACAUCAUAAGCUGAGACGACUGGUAUGCGCAUCGUUGUCCUACCUACGGAAAGCUUCACAUCAUAGGAAGGUUUCGCUGAGGGGAGACUGUUACGGACAACGAACAAUGCAUAUUAGAAAGCUGGUAAACGAAGCUGCCAGCCAGAUGUUAUUCUACGAAACGGUUGGCGGCUACGCAGGUAUCAAAAGGGACGGUCGGCCCCUUUUACCAGCGUGUAGUUUUAAGGCUUAGUUUUAAGUUAUUAUUUGUAUACCAGAUAGAUUUACGCAGCCGUGCCGGACGGACGUUAGUCAUAAGCUUGCUUCGCUUUAUAAUUGUGUUUUACCAUCACUAACGUUCGAUCAAUAUACGGAACAAUUACUACUCCAUUUCGAGUUUCAUUUCCACUAUAG